GCGUCUUUAAGCGAAUUCUACGCUUAGUCACAUUAAAAAUUUCGGGAACAAGGAAUGAUUUUUAAAAAAUUUCUUUUAUUAACAAUAUCAGCACUUCCAAAGUGUACAACUUGUAGAGAACAAGAAUCAGACACAACAUCAAUGCAACAGAACAUUGGUAGCUGUAUUACAUCAAAGAAAAAAGACAGACAGACAGACAGAGUUAUCUGUUACAUAUGUGGUAAGAUGCCCAACAGGAGCAAAGUUCAAACAGCUUUGGGGUUUUUGAAGUUACAAUAUUAUUUUUAAAAUGUCUUGUAAAUGUUUUAUAAAUAGGGAAAUGAAGGGUUUUGUAUUGCUAAAUUUGCAUUUGUGUAUAUAAUAUUUGGCAAGUAAAAAAAAAAAAGUUGAUUACAUUGUACAUAUUGUGUCUUUUUUUAGAAGUAACUCGUUUCUAAUGCGUUUUGACGUCACGGAGGCUUGACCGUCGCAGACCAGUAGGGACAUGUCGGACUUGUUAUAUGACUUCAUUUCUGGCCAAUACGAUUGCGCUAAAUAUCCCCCAUCAACCAAUCCCCAUUUGCCUUCACAGAUUGAUUUCAGCGAUGCCCAAUAGCAUUAUUCAGCUGCUGAGAAAUUGCCCAAUAAAAUGCAUACAUUUCAGCUGUGGACGGGACCUUGCUGAAUCCGCCUAGUAACGAGGCUCAGAGGAGAGGGACGGACAUUUCCUCCGUUUAUUCUAAGGAAUCCCGUUCUCUACCUAUUCACCUGUACACCUGUCCUGCGGCUCUUCACUGGCGGCAGCGAUGGUUUACCACUCUCUGGCUUUGCCCAUGGUUUGUUUCACCACAUUAUGGGCACUAGUGGGAGUCGUCGCCCCCUUUUUCGUGCCAAAAGGGCCAAAUAGAGGAGUUGUCAUAACCAUGCUGAUACUGACAGCAGUCUGUUGUUACUUAUUCUGGUUAAUCGCAAUUCUGGCCCAGGCAAACCCCUUAUUUGGACCUCAGCUGAAAAAUGAGACCAUCUGGUAUCUGCGGUAUUUCUGGGAGUAAAAAUCUCAUAAUGGGUCCAGUGCCAGCGAGGGGCCAUGUCUGUCCAGUCCUAUUCCCAGGACUUUGUCUAAACUUGACACUCUUUUUUCAGCCUCUAUGAAACCAUUCAUGAGGAAGCAUGAGAUUCGAAUCUUCCUGUUCAUCCACUGAACCAAACACGCAAAUGCAGCCUGGACCUCCCUUCACUGUAUUGCUCAGAAUUUGAAGCCCUCUACACUGGAAAAAAAAAAAUAUUCUUAAACUAUUUAAAAAUAUUCCUCAACAUUUUUAUAAUCAGAAAGAAAGCAGGUAUAAACACCCAUAAUUCUCUUAAUGCUUCUGGAGUGCCACAGAAAAACUGGUAACGUUCAGCAAAUUUGCUGGAAUGUUAUCAGCAGCUGUCGAUGGAGAGGAGGGAAAUGUCCAAGUGAAUUAGAACUGUUACCUAAUUUGUCACAUUCGAGAUAUUGAAGAUUACCCUGUUUUACACAUUUAUUUUUGUAGCUGAAACUUUUUGAGACUCCUAGUGUGCUGUGACCAUUUUAUUUCAAAAUUUAAAUAGCAUUUUAAUGUUCUUAAUUUGUAUUCUCUUUUUAUGUUAAAUAUAUCAAUACAUGGAUGUAGUGGAUGUUAGCUGUACUGUAACUGUAUGUGAAACUUUGUGUACAUUUGCAAGUGGAUUUUAAAAUGCAGACUUGGCCAAUGAGGUCUGCCCUACAAGGCCAUUUUCAAAUCUGUGCUGUGGGACAGGAAUUUAGAUUUUACAUUAUGUUAAAGAGUAUAGCCAGAAGCUGUUUCCAUGGUGAACUUAAUGGUCGUGCAAGGGCCAGAUUUCAGAGAAGUUUUCCAUUUUGGAGCUGCUGACUCAUUUUGCCAAGUCGUAUUCAGCUACCCAAACAUGUAUACAUAUAUACUGUA